GGUACAGCUGUCCUCGGCACAGUUUACACGUCAUGAACAUGACAGCAAGGAAGAUUUUAACGGUGCUUGUGAUCAGUCUGCCUGGCCUUAUGGCAGAUAUGGUAGUCAUGAAGGAUGUCACUCUAGGCUUCGGUGAGGCUCUCGAGCAUUGCAGAGAAGAGACUGCAUUAACCACUGAAAAAAUGGAGCAGUUCUUCCAUUUCUGGCGGGACGACUUCAAGUUCGAGCACCGCGAGGUGGGCUGCGCCAUCCACUGCAUGAGCCGCUACUUCAACCUCCUCACCGACUCCCACCGCAUGCAUCACGAGAACACUGAGAAAUUUAUCAAAAGCUUCCCCAACGGUGAAGUCCUGGCGAAACAGAUGGUAGAAAUAAUCCACACCUGUGAGAAGAAGUUCGACCACGAGGAGGACCACUGCUGGCGCAUCCUGCACACCGCGGAGUGCUUCAAGAUCACCUGCCAGGAGAGGGGCAUCGCGCCCACCAUGGAACUGUUGCUCGCCGAGUUCAUCAUGGAAGCAGAGGCUAAAAAAUAAGUCGGCGAACGGAUUACAUUCGAAAUUUAAACUCGAAAUUCAAAAAUGUUUUAAUGUAUUAAUGAACAACUUUUUGGAUUGUCUCGUUAUGUUACCUCUAUUUAUGGUUAAAAAACUAUUUAUUAUUUACUAACUGUACCUCGCAGCUUUGCCCACGAGAGACAAGAUACCUAUGUUAUCUUAGUUAAUCUAAGAUAUACCUAGUACAUCUGUAAUGUAAGCAAGCUAAGAUUGCCUAAGCAACGAGUCUACGUAAUAUUUCUUAGAAUCCCUUAUUUGAAAUAAAUUCGCGUGAUUGAUUUUGGUGGAGGAAAAAUAUAUUUAAACUAUAUUAUAUAUAAGGUAUUAAUGUUUUUUAUACAUAUUUUUAGAUCCAUCAAUGAAGUCACUUAAUUCUAGUAAACGGAAGGAAAUAAUAAUAGGUCCUCUUACUUUAUUUAUUGAUUGUUAAUUUGAUAUAAGAAAUAUUACAACACUUCUAAACUCUGUGUAAACACCCCUGAAAAUAAUUUUAAAUAAAUAUAUGAUGCAAAAUUCAA